CAAAAUCGGCUGCAGUGUCCAGCCAGAUCACAAUACUGUUACAUAGAUUAUAUUCUUUGGCGAGAAAACUAAGCAAUUUUUGUAAAGGAUCAUAAAUGCACCAUUUUCUCUUAUUUUAAUACCAAAGACAAGAUUGAGACAACAGAUUUAAAAGAACUUCAUAUUGUCUAUCUGAUUUUCGCGAGUCUCUGUUUAAUCGUUACAAUGACUAGUGAUCAGUACUGGGUCGAUGAUUUGCCUCUUUGUAAGUUGGCCGCAUCAGGAACAAUGUCAAAUCAACGAAAUGAUGUAGAAAAUCCUUGUGAGAUUCAUGAAUAUGAAGACCGUAAAUUCAAUUUCACAACGAAUGGUAUUGGUUUGUAUGGCGUGUUCAAUGGUCACUCAUCAUCAAAAGCUGCAAACUUCGCAUAUCAAAAAUUACCUGCGGACUUGAUACUAGAUUCAGAUAUUUUAAAUCAUAAAUUUAAUGAUGACAAAGAGGUUGAAAAUUACAUUAGAAAUGCUUUUGUGUCUUUGGAACAUGGGUUUUUAGAUACAAUGGAUGAAAAAUUGGCGAAAAGAUAUCAGUUAAAACAGCAACUUCAAUACGCUAAUAGUGAUUCCGAGAAAAAGAAGGUGGCAUCUGAACUAAUUAAUUUAGAAAACUCUAUGAGUGGCGGAACUCAAGCUACUAUAGCUCUGGUUAAAGAUCAUAAACUAUUUAUAGCAAAUACUGGUUGUUCUCGAGCAGUUUAUUGCACAUUUGAUGAUUCAAACAAACUAAACGUAAAACAAAUCACAAAUGAGCACAAUUUAAAAAAUAUAAACGAACUUAUGCGUUUGGCUCGAUGCGAUGUAAAUAUUGAGGCGCUCUGCCAUAAAGAUUAUAUAUAUGAAAGAAACGGCAUGUUUUUCGACUGCACUAGGUGUAUUGGAGAUUUUUGGUUGAAGAAGGAAGCUAAGACUCUGGAUAUACUGAAGGAAGCCACAACUCCACCUAUAAUAGCUGAUCCUGAGGUUCAUUUACACUACAUUAAUAGUACAUGCCCUUCAUUUUUGAUACUUAUGACUGACGGAGUAUAUAGAGCUUUACAAAAUGCUACUGGGGAUGAUGAAUGCAACUCUCAAAUUGCAGAGAUGAUCCUUUUAGAAUUUGUUCGUCAUGACACCAUGGAUAACGUAUGUCAAGCUGUUUUGCAAAAGAUUGCUGAUUUUCACAGGGAAACUUAUUUGAGAAUAGGAAAACGAAAGGUUUGCACUUUUCGAGAAGAUAUGACCUUGUUGAUAAGAUAUUUUGAUUGCUACACAAGCAAUAUCAGUAAUCAAGCAUUUGAUCCUUCUAAAAGCCAAUUAGCGAACAGACUGAAGCAAACUAUGUACACUUCAACAAGACCUCUACGACUAAAAACAAUAUCGAAUAUAUCUACAAUAUCAGAUAAUGAAUUUCUUAUGACUCAACAGCAAUCACAAACUACUCUAAGAGCGCCAACAGCAGUCAAUAGUGGCGAAUAUGAUAAUGUGGAACGCACUACAGCAAAUGAAACAACUGUUUCAAAUACCAUAAACUUUCAUGAACCAUACUCCCGAAAUCAGUAUGAGUAUGACUCCGAUGGGAAUGUAAUACCCUAUGUUGAUUUUAGUGAUUAUAGCAAGUAUCUUGAAAAUUUAGACCACGAAAAAAGGGUGAAGUUUGAAGAGUCAUUAAUUGUUAAGGUUGAUUUAGAAGAUAUUGAGGAAGAAGGAGGAACCGAACCCAGCUAG